AUGGAGGACAAGAAUCGGGAUUCGGAUCGUGAAAAUAAAAAAGAGGAUAAUCAUGACAAAAAUGCUAAAAGCAAAAGCUCGAAAAAACGCGACCGGAAGAAGAAAAAUCAGACGGCAAAUUCUGGUGAGAACAAUCAGAUUAUUAGCCCGACGAUGACCAGUUCGGAGAUGACGAGCACAAACGCCUCCGGUGAAGUACCCGGAGCCUGCUUUUCAAUAAAAGAAAUCCAGAUGGCGAUGGAGGUUUUGAAGAUGCAGCACAAACCUGCUAAGACUCAAGAAGAAGCUCUGCAGAAGACUUAUCAGUUCUGGAGCACGCAGCCUGUUCCUAAAAUGGAAUUCUAUCGAAGUGCAAAGACACCUGUUUAUAGAACCAGUACAAAAAUAUAA